AUGAAUACAAACAUUGUCUUCCUGCGGCUGAGCGGAGUGGAAACCUACCUGCACGAUGACUGGCGUCUUCGAGAAGCAGAACAAUUGCUGGUCUCCUCGCUGUUGGUAGCUUCUGCUGACGCAGGCGCCGGCGGUUCGAGUAGUAGUCAGGCCGAACAGACGACAGCCACCGCUGCUGUGGAGGUCGCCUCUAACGCCGCUGCCAUUGGAGCUCCUCCCGUCUAUGUCAUGGUCAACGGUGAAAUCACCUGGGACCAGCUUCAGCCCCUAAAAGAGGUACAGGGUGAUUGUGAAGGCCCUAUCUGCACCGAACAUGCUCAAACUCUCUCAGAAAAAUUGAUGUCAUCUGGGUCAGACAUUGUUGCGGAGAACAGAAACUGUGCUCUAAGGUCUAACGAAGAUGCCAUCACGUCCGGUGCAGCCGAGGAACGCGCACGUUUAAUCGGGCAGACAAUUGGCGCGUGCCACGACAUCGAGCACGUGUGGUGCCUUUGCUUCCGCGCGCCUGCGGCUGGUCAAGAGAAUUCUGACACAAGAACUGCCGAUCGACGACCGGAAUGUACCACAACACUCAGAGCCCGAAAUAAGUCGAGUUUUGAGUAG